UAUCGAUUCCCCGUAGGUCACAAAGGUACACGAAGUGGACUACUAAUACCGCCCAUGUCAUCCCACCAGCCAAGCCAGGAGGACGCUCUAGGUAUGUAACGACAUUGGUAACUGGUUAUUCCCUUGAAGGCGGUCCAGAUAUGUACCGGGCAGCACUCACGGCAUACCGAAACGGGCGGGAUUGGGCAGAGCGGCAGAGGAACGAGGCAAUUGAGCAUGCCAACAUGAAGGCUCAAGUUGGUCUUGCGGGCGUCGGAACUGACGUGGGCGCGCCCGCUCCCCCAGAUGACGAUGACGGAACCCCGGGUCCCACUCCCCCGGGUAGCAAUAACGCAGCCUCGAGUGCUUCUCCUCCAAAUGUCGAUAACACAACCUCGAGCCCUCCUCCCCCGGGUGGUGGUGAUAACGGAACUUGCAGCUCCGCAACCAAUGAAGCUUCUGGGCUUAGGCCUCGACGUGAACGGGCCCGGGCUAGCCAGCAAGACAAGACUCCCACAACCCGGGUGACCCGGGGCUCCAAAUCCAGGAUAGCGUCUUCCCCUGCUAACCAGUCCGAUAGCUCGGUUAACAACUAUGUCUCUCCACGUCCUCCACCGGCGUCCAAGGUUAACAAACGCCGCCGUAAAGGCUCGUUGAGAAGAUGUCGUAGAUAAUAACGGGAAUGCUACGCCGUUCCCCGGCCCUUGUUGAUGGCAAGGCUGGGCGUAUGCAGAAAUGAUGAAAAUGUUUCUUGCUAGAAACGACGGCCUUUGUGGCUUGACCGUGAUCCAAUCCCUGCUUGUAAAAAACAGAACUCCCUUGAUACACUGGAUACGUCUACAAGGAAAAUAGAGGUAGUUCCGGACGUGUUAGAUAGAGAAGGAGAGAACAUGAAUUUUGGAAAGGAUAAUAGUAACUUUACGCAUAUUCUUCAAAAGCUCGAUACCCAGGAGUUAGGUAGGAGCAUUGGGCUGACGAGCUCCUGGGAGAGCUGAGUAUUUUGAAUUUGACAGCGGCGAUGUACUGUCUGUCAUGCAGUGGGA